AUGCCUUCCUCCCGCCAAGUCGUCUCUGCUCUCACGCUCGCGUCCCUCACCUCAUCAGGCAAUGCAGCCUUCGGCCCAGCUUUCAGUACCGGUCCGGUUGGAAGUGGCGCAUGGAUCCGGGAGUCAACCUCAACACUCGUCUUGCCGAAGGCCCCCAGCGGUUCGUCCGGCGACACGUCGCUUUGGGUGGGAAUGGGCACUUCGAACGGAGACUUGAUCCAGUCGAUUGCCGAUAACUGGAACUCCGAUAGCUGGAGCGUAUUUGCUUAUACGCUCCUCAGCACUUCGCCCACUACCCAAAUACCGGUGCAAGCCCUAGGCUCGACUGCCGUCGCAGGCGAUAAAAUCACUAUGCACUACAAAUUCGACGACGCAACCGAAAACUACACGCAGUAUGUCUUGCUCAACGGCAAGCAGGUCUCGACGCUCUCGACAAGUGAUGGGCACGCAAUGGGCUGGGGCAGCGCUGCGGAGUGUGCGGAAACCAACUGCGGCACCGUCCCUGCUCACUCGUGGAUCAACACAACUAUUAUCUUGAAUUCGGCAGAUCCGAACUACAAGAAUACGAUGGGGAAGGGUCAAGGUGUCACGGGUGAUAUGUCGACCAGCGAUGGCGGGAAGACGUGGACCGUCAGCACGAUUCAGAUUCCACAGUUCACCUUUUGA